AUGAACUGGUAUCCCGAUGCAAUGUCGCGGGUCUCCCAGCAUCGGCACGACAACUGGACACUGCUGGUCUCCUUGGGCGCGCCAAGGGUGCUGACAGUGGACAGGGCACAAGUCCUCAUGGAGGAUGGGGACCUCAUCCUCUUUGGUACACAGAGCCAUGGGGUUCCUGAAAUGCCCAGCGCAGCCGGCGGCCGCCUAAGCCUGGUCUUCAUGUUUGCUCCUGACCAAGCGGUGGGCACCGCGGCCGAGACCCGGGCAAGCGCGGGUGGUGCUGCCGCCCGCCGCGGGGGUGUCGCCCCUCCGGAGCUGCCGAAGCCACGAUGUGUCCUGACGCCGGAGGAGCUGCAGUUUGCUGCUUUGUCGGCUGAGUCGCAAUGGGAGGUUGGACAUGAUAGACAUGACGGGGCCUACAUGCCGCCAGAGGGCGGCCAAAUAGAUGAAGGCCAUGGUUUGGAUGCUUUGUGUGCAAUGGGCUUCUCGUGUGAGCAGGCCCGAGCGGCCCUCUUGGCAACAGAAGGUGACACCGAACAGGCUGUUUCCCUGCUGCUUUCCAGUGCAUGA